AUGUUUUUCUUACCAAAUAAUCGGAUCGUAUACUUGCUUGUCCUAGCAGCAGUGCUUACUUCGGUUCUCGCCAAUGUUGAAAAGGCCAUCUUUACAGCACCCGCACUAUUACCCAUUCCUCAACAGAAACCUUUGCUGGCCGACCUCAGACUGCCAGUCCUCACACCAGAGGCCUCUGAGAUCAGGACAAACUUGAGCCGCGUGUUUCACUCUAAAGCAAAAGAUUAUGCCUCUGGUGCUGCGACAUGGGUGCUUUUGGAUAACCUAAACCCCGAGCAGCGGUAUGAGUUUCGAGUCUGCUGGGCUGCGAUUCAACCUACGAGCUUCAUUCUGGAUGUUUUCGGGCUAGAUACCGUAUGGGAGACCCCAGAGCUUAUUCAGUCACUGGCAGGCUAUGCCUUCUCACGUCAAGACGAAGGGGGUGAACUACAUGAAGAGUUGCCUCAGCCUGGAGAGAAGGAGCGCAAAGCCUCACUUCUUUUACUACAAAUCAAAGCCUCUGCGGACUACUUCACUGAUGAUGAAGCUCUCAUGAAGGAUCCCCCAGCUGUGCUCGUGGAUCUUAUCCUCGACCCCUAUCUAUUCAACGUCGUCCCUCGCUCAUUGAUCCCAACCGCUGGCUACAUUGUUGUCCUCGCUGUAGUGUCAUGGUUUGUGGCCACAUCCGUUGCCUCGAGGUUACAAACGAUUGCCGUGACGGCAGAUAGCGCAGACAAGAAAAAUAAAUGA